GUUCGACGCAAAAGUGUCCGGCGUCACGCUCUACGCUCGAGCCUCGCGAUCUUGCCAUAUAAAUAUGCUCAAGGUCCCCAGAUAAUUGUAUGAUACAUCAAUCCGUUUGGCUAGGCUAGGUGACCUUCUCGGUCGGCAUUAUUGUAUUCAAUCAACAAUGAUGGCUUCCCUUCUCAAUCUCAUACUAGGGAGAAUGCGAAGCAAUUCCUCAAGACGAGAAAAGCAGAUAAAAGAUACUAAAUGUAUGAUCCUGGAACUCCCAGUAGAGAUGGUCGUCCAUAUAUCAGGCUUCCUCUCAGGCUUCCUCUCAGGCUUCCUCAAAUAUUUCGGCUUACUGCUAUUCUCGCACAAGUGUCAUUCGGCACACACUAUAUUAAGCAACUCCUCUAGUGUCCUCCGCAAAAACCAAGCUCGCUGGGGUCGCCGGGAGCACAUCAACUACCUUAGCCUUCUAUCAAAAGAUCUGCCGGACUACUGGUUCUGCGGGGGGUGUGCCAGGCUACAUACUAUUGAUGAAUGGGACCUACCGAGCAGAACUACAAAUUCCACCUGUCCCUUGGAGUUGAGCCGCUGGAGGGAGCUCGUCUACAAUGGGAAGACUCGAAUCGAUUGUCGCUUUAUCGCCCUCGAGCAUCGGCACGUCCAGCUCACGCUCAAGUAUAUGCGCAUGUACGACCCCAGAUAUAAAACCUACCUCGGUGCACUACUAAAACCGCACCAUGUUUCGUAUUUCCCUCCCUAUAUGGAGGCAUUCUGGUCGAUGCGAAAUUCGAAAUUUUCUCAUUUCCUCAAGGUCAGCUACUCGGCCAGGCCCAAGGUCGCCCUUGGCCUCGACGGCCGGUCCAGGUAUCUACUUCUAUCUACCUGGACUUACAGGUAUACAGACCCAACCAUAGCUAUGUCACGUGGGACUCUGGGUGACCUGGCUAUAUGUCCACACAUGCAGUUUCGUUCUGGCGAAACCUUGUACUACACGCGUGCACGUCAUCCCGAACUCGAGGAUGCUCUUGACAUAGCGAUCGGAGCAGUACAGGAGCGCCGACACGAGUCCAUGGAAAUAUGUGGCUCGUGCCCGAGAUGUCCUACGGACUUCGCGGUGAGGGUAAUGGGACGGCAGGUCGAGAUCCGGGCUUGGCAAGAUAUGGGAACGGAGGGAUCACCGAGAGAUGCAGCGUGGAGGGUCCAUUCUAUGGUAUUGAACUUCCGCGAAAACGGUGCCUGUAUAGACAUGUCGGUCCCUCACCCGGCUGGCAGCGUCCGAGCUCUUUUCGACAAGAAGCAGGAACCACGAUUGCCACAGCCACCGGAACGGGAGAAUAUACUUGAUCGGGUGGGCAGGUUUUGGAUAAGAAAACUAGCAGCGAUGGUGACGGGCACACCCGUUGAGAACUCCCAGGCUGAUACCUAGGACAUCAUGCAUUUGCCAAAUAUCAAAAAGCUGCUGGCCGACUGGAUAGGUAAAGGUCCCCUGAGUUCCCGUCUCUCAGCUCAGGGAUGGGUGAGGUAGCAUGAGAUGAUACAUGACCUACCAAGUACAUAAUAUAGUAGAACAUAAUAAAUGUUUGAGAAAGAAAUGACUAAACCUUGGUAAUUGCUUGCGAGCGCGAAGAAUAAUACCUAGGUACACACUUGGUACCUACUUAGAUACUUAAGAUAUGUAUACCAAGAAACCAAUAAACCAAGAUAUUGAAGAUGCAGGUGGUGGGUAAUUUGAUGUUGUACUAUGUAUUAAGGUGGAAGCUUUUCUACCCAGGUACCUGUGAGCUCCUCCCACCAAAAGCCCGUAAUACCUACAGCUUAUGUAACCACCCUACAAUACCAUACCAAAGAAAGAAAUAAUAGAAAUAUUGAAAUAUACAAUAUUUCCCCUUUUAGUUUAGCAUCUAUCCGACGGUAGCUUACUCCGGGUUGCCCGACAAGAAC